AUUCAAACACGUUUUGUAAGAACACAGAUACCCACUAACUGUCCAACUCUGCUUCAGAACUGGCGGUGCAAAGCACCCUGUGCCGAAAAUAUUUAGGUACAUUUGAGUUACGCACAGAUUAUAAACUUUUCUUCCCCAGAUUACACACCACUUGAAAAUACUCUCAGCUCUUCAAGAUUUGGGUGGUGAUUAAGGGAAAUUACUCUUGAGGAAUGAUGUAAUUACUGCCCUUUUCCUGACUUGUCUUCUCCCUUAAGCACAGAGGAAUGAGCUGCGGGACAGGAAGUGGAGGUGGGCAUCAGUGUCACCCGUUAAUAGAGUUGGCAGGCGGCCAGAUGCUGAGGCGCUGCAGCAGCUUGCCUCUCUCCUUUUCUUUCUAGGUGAGCAUAAACAAAAAGGUGCCAAUCCACGCUUGUCCACAGAGCCGAGUGAUGAUGCCAACGGUCCAGGUGAGGGCUUGGCCCCUAGGCCAUGCUGUGAAGCCAAAGUCCUCUUUUGAUGUCCUUAAGUUCAUACUGCUCCUGCUGACUCACACCCAUUGCUGCUGUCAAUCCUGCCACUUCCCAGAGCAUACCUCUUGCUGCACUCUUGCUGAGUGCAGGGGGUAGGAGGGAGUGUGGAACAAAGACAGCAGCUUUGCAGUUCUGCAAAUGGCAUCUUUAGAAACAGAUCCAGUGCUAUGCAUUUCCCUGGAGCUUUCAGAAUAACCCACAAGGUAAAGACAACUGCUACGUAUUGCCCAAGAGUGAUGCAUUUAAAUAUCCAUUACACAUUUUAAGACCUUGGCUGGCUUCAAACUGCAAGCUGUCUGUGGUGGCUAUAAUGGGCAUACAUUCCAGAGGUUGUCCAGAACUCCAAGACUCGACUCAGCUGACGCCAAGUGUAUAUAUGCUUAGGAAAGCUCCAUGUGUAAUUAUUCCAUUUUCAGGAUUUAUCUAUGCUUCAAUAGUUGAUAAUGUUGAAAAAGUGGGUGUCGGUUCUCUUACAAAAUGCAUUUGAAUUUAUAGGUGGUCUAGAGCUGGUGCUUAAAAUCAGAAUUCAGAGCCCCAAAGAAAAUGACUUCAUUGAAAUUGAACUGAAUAGACAAGAGCUGAGUUACCAAAACCUACUGAAACUGAGUUGCUCUGAACUGGGAAUUGACCCAGAGCAAGUGGAGAAGAUGAGAAAGCUACCAAACACACUGCUCCGAAAGGACGAAGACAUUCGAAGACUACAGAACUUUCAGGAGGUAGAACUCACUUUAACAAAAAACGGAAGCUCUGAAUUGACAGAAUACACAUCAUCUCUAACACACAGGUCCUGUUAUAAUAGUAAUGCUGCAAAAAUGACUUAUUAAAUAAUCUUUAACAGGGGCCAGCAGGUGGUGUGGUGGUUAAGGAUGCUGGAC